AUGACUUGUACUCUCGAGCAUCCUACCCUUGGCAAGAUCCAAGGAAACGCGAACAGCGGUGUCACGCAGUUUCUAAAUGUCAAGUACGCUGCCUUGAGCCAUAGAUUUGGUUGCCCUGUCUUGUACGAAGGUGCUGGUUCUUCGGGUGUGAUCGACGCCACCAAAAUCGGUCCAGCAGCAAUUGCCGGCAAAAACAGCUGCUACGAGGAGUUUGCCUUGAUCUAG